UUUUUUUUUGUGUGUGUGUUUUCUUUCUUCCUUUUUGUCUCCUUCUUUUCUUUCUUUCCCCAUCGCUCGUUGACCUCGCUUUUUUUGACCUUGUCUCUCGACCAAGCUUUGGAAGAUGAUGUCAAAUCCCAUUCACCAAAGCUCGAGCGACGGUCUGUUGGACAACCUGGACUCGAGCGUCGCGGUGCACAUUACGCCGCCUGCUGCGAGUGAGCAGCGCGGCAGCAGCACCUCGCUGAACAGUGGCAACGAGGAGAUGCAGCAAGUCCGCGCUCGCCUGCCGUCCUACAACGAGGCCAUGCGCGAAGAGUCCCGACGCGCCGAAAAGCGUGCGGACGACUCUGUCGCCAUUGAAAUGAAGCAGCUGAGCCAUCCCGACGAGAUUAUCGCUGCCCCCGCAAAGUCGGGCGGCGACGGCGACGGCGACGACGACAGCGAGACGGACGCGGACGGCAAGAAGAAGAAAAAGAAGGACGCCGAGAAGGUCCCGUUCAAGGAGCUCCUCUUGCGCUUUGCCACCCCGUUCGACAAGCUUCUCAUGUGCCUCGGCUUGCUUGGCUCGCUCGGCGCUGGUGGCUCGUUGCCCGGCAUGACAAUCAUUUUCGGCGAGAUGAUUGACGUCUUCACCGAGUUCUCGCAGACCGACGACCGCGACAAGUUUGACGAUGGCAUCUUUGAGUUUACAAUGUGGUUUGUGGGCCUGGCUAUCUUUGCCUGGAUUACGUCCUACCUUCAGAUGGCCUGCUGGAUGAUUGCUGGCGAGCGCAUCACCAAAACGAUUCGCAUCCGGUACGUCAAAGCCAUGCUUCGUCAAGACAUUGGCUGGUUUGACACCCAAAAGGCCGGCGAUCUCACCACCCGCAUCCAAAGCGACACCUUCCUCAUCCAGGAAGCUGUGGGUGAGAAGGUCGGCGUCUUUUUCCAGCACUUUACCACCUUCUUUGCUGGCUUUGUCAUUGCCUUUGUGCGUGGCUGGCAGCUUGCGCUCGUGCUGCUGGCCGUCAUUCCUUUCCUUGCCGUGUGCGGUGGCUUCUUCUCCAAGAUGCUCGCUUCCGCCACGACGAAAGGCCAAAAGGCCUACGCUGGCGCCGGUGCUAUUGCCGAGGAGGUCCUCUCCUCCAUCCGCACUGUCGCCUCGUUCUCUGGCGAGCCGCUCGAGCUCACUCGCUACGCCGGUCGUCUCAUUGAGGCCUACACCAUUGGUGUGCGCAAGGCGCGCGCGUCCGGCUUGGGCAUUGGUGUCACCUUCUUUAUCAUGUUCCUCGCCUACGCUCUUGCCUUCUGGUUUGGCAGCAUUAUGAUUGACCAGGGUCACAUGACGUCCGGUGGCGUGCUCAACGUCUUCUUUGCCGUCAUCAUUGGCGCCUUCUCGCUCGGCCACGCCGGCCCGCCGAUUGCCGCGUUUGGUGUGGGCAUGGGCGCAGCCUUCCACGUCUUCAAGGUCAUUGACCGCGUUCCGCCGAUCGAUUCCGAGUCUACAGAGGGCGCCAAGCCUUCGACUGUCAAGGGUGACAUUUCGCUCCGCGAUGUGCACUUCCACUACGCCACCCGCGCCGAGGUCAAGAUUCUCAAGGGCAUCAGCAUUGACAUUCCCAGCGGCCAGACCGUUGCGCUUGUCGGCGCCUCUGGUUGCGGCAAGAGCACCAUCAUUUCGCUGAUUGAACGCUUCUACGACCCGGUUGAAGGUCAGGUCUUCCUCGACGGCCAAGACAUCAAGUCGCUCAAUCUCCAUUGGCUGCGCGAGACCGUUGGCAUUGUGAGCCAGGAGCCCGUCCUGUUCAACAUGACCAUCCAGGAGAACAUUCGCCUCGGCAAGCCCACUGCGACCGACGAGGAAAUCUACCAGGCGUGCCGCAACUCGAACAUUCACGACUUUAUCAUGAGUCUGCCCGAAGCCUACCGUACUCCCGUUGGCGAGCGCGGCACGCAACUUUCCGGCGGCCAAAAGCAGCGCAUCGCCAUUGCUCGCGCGUUGAUCAAAAACCCGCGCAUCCUUCUUCUCGACGAGGCCACCUCUGCGCUCGACAACGAGUCGGAACGCAUCGUCCAGGACGCACUUGACAAGGCCUCUGUCGGCCGCACAACGAUCGUCAUUGCCCAUCGUCUUUCGACCGUUCGCAACGCUGACAAGAUUAUCGUGCUUGGUGGCGGUAACGUGAUUGAGCAAGGCUCGCAUGCCGAGCUCAUGGCCAUCCCCGACGGUGCAUUCGUUGCGCUCGUUGAGGCCCAGGCUCUCCACGCUGCCAGCAAGAAGGAGGGUGAGGACGAAGAACAAGGCAACAGCCUCGAUGUUCCCGGAGGCGCUGCCGACCCAACCCGCCGCUCUGUCGACGCCACCCGCCGCUCUGCGAACAAAAUGAGCGGCACGGGCGCUGCCAUCGGCGGCACCGAUGCCGCAGCGACGACUGACAAGGACGGAGCGAAAGCGGGAGCGGACGGCAAGGAUGAGCUUGACCCGGACGCCAAGGCCAAGGCGGCUGUGCCCGAAGACUACAAGGUUCCCCUGAGUCGCAUUCUCAAGCUCAACCGUCCCGAGCUUGGCUUGCUGAUUCUGGGCAUGAUUGGUGCUGCAGUGAACGGCGUGGUCAUGCCCGUGUUUGCCAUUCUCUUCUCUGAGAUUCUCGACGUCUUCUCCAAGACUGGCGACGAUUUGCUCGAAGGCGCUCGCUUCUGGGCGGGUAUGUUUGUCGUCCUCGCGGUGGUCACUGGCGUUGCCAACUACAUGCAAACCUACUUUUUCGGCGUUUCCGGUGAACGGCUGACCCUGCGCUUGCGCGAAAUGAGCUUCCAAGCCAUGCUCCGCCAGAACAUUGCCUUCUUUGACAUGCCCGCGAACGCAACCGGCGCGUUGACUGCCCGUCUGGCUGUCGAUGCGAGCAUGGUGCAGGGCAUGGCUGGCUCCCGCUUUGGUACUCUGACGCAAGUCGCUGUCAAUCUGCUCGCCGGUGUGAUUAUUGCCUUUGUGGCUGGCUGGAAGCUGACGCUCGUCAUUCUUGCUUGCAUCCCGCUCAUCAUGUUUGCCGGCGCGCUCCAGAUGAAGGCGCUCGGUGGCUUUUCGGCCCAAGGCAAGCUGGCCUACCAAAAGUCGGGCAAGGUCGCUUCUGAAGCAAUCGAGAACGCGCGCACCGUGACCACCCUGAACAAGCAGGCCUUCUUCUUGUCCAACUUUGAGCACGAGCUCGUCUUCCCGUACCACCUCGGUGUCAAGAAGUCUCACGUUGCCGGCGUUGGCUUUGGCUUCUCGCAGGCCAUGAUGUUCUUCACGUACGCCGUUGCCUUCUACUAUGGCGGUGUCCUGGUCGGUGAUGGCGAGCAGACCUUCCCUGAGAUGAUUCGCACCUUCACCGCCAUUGUCUUCUCUGCCAUGGCUGCCGGCCAGAUGUCCACGCUCGCCACGGAUGCCGACAAGGCGCGCAUUGCCUGCUACAACAUUUUCGAGCUGCUCGAUCGCAAGUCCGAGGUCGAUCCCAUGUCGCAAGACGGCACACGUGUUGCCGUUCAGAGCGCAACUGUUGAGCUGAAGGACUUGCACUUUUCCUACCCCGAACGCCCGGAUAUUCCGAUUCUGCAAGGCCUGUCCCUCAACGUGCCUGCUGGCCACACUGUUGCGCUGGUGGGUGCUUCGGGCUGUGGCAAGAGCACGGUUAUUGGUAUGCUCGAGCGCUUCUACAACCCCAAGAGCGGCACGCUGCUUUUGGAUGGCCAGGACAUUUCCACCAUGAACGUGACGCACCUGCGCUCGCAGCUCGGUCUGGUCAGCCAGGAGCCUGUUCUCUUUGGCACCAGCAUCGAGGAGAACAUUCGCUAUGGCAAGCUCGACGCGACCGACGAGGAAAUCGUGGAGGCUGCGCGCAACGCCAACAUUCACAACUUUAUCUCCGCUCUCCCCGAAGGCUACAAGACCCAGGUCGGCGAGCGUGGUACUCAGCUCUCCGGCGGCCAGAAGCAGCGCAUUGCAAUCGCGCGCGCCCUCAUCCGCAACCCCAAGGUCAUUCUGCUCGACGAGGCUACCUCUGCCCUCGAUUCGGAGAGUGAAAAGAUUGUGCAAGAAGCGCUCGACCGCGCCAGCAAGGGUCGUACGACCAUUGUCAUUGCGCACCGUCUGUCCACCAUUCAGGAUGCUGACAUGAUUGUCGUCUUCCACAAGGGAAAGGUGGCCGAACAAGGCACCCAUGACGAGCUCUUGCACAAGCGCGGCCUGUACUACAAGCUUGCCACGUCUCAGGCCAAGCAUCAUUGAAGAUAGUAAAACAACGAAAAAACAAAGCAAGAACGAUUGUUUUGUUAUGAGAAUAAGUUUUUUUUUUUUUCUUUCUUUCUUUCUUUCUUGGUUGUCUGUUUUGUUGUCUGCCCGUUUGUUGUUCUUCUCGGCGCUGUCUUGACUGCAAGAUUGUUCAAGCGGCUGCUUUUGUGUUGUGUGUGUGUGUCUCUCGAUUGAAUACAACCCAAUUCUGUACUA